UGUCAUAUGACAGUUCAAGUGGUGGCGCCAACUUAAGGUUUACGAAUAUAUUGUAAACUACAAUGGACAAAGUAGAGGAACUGAGGGAACAAGUGCAGGAGGCAUUAAAUGUGUUCCAACAAAGGCAAAAGAAGAAAAAACUUUACCUCCAACAAAUACACAAGACUAUUCUAGAAAUUUUGGUCAAACACGUGAGCGAGGACAUUCGACUUAAUAUCGAAACAUACUUUGAGGGAAGAAAUGAGCGUCUUCAUACAGUCCUUAAGAAUAUUGACGAGUCCCUCAACCAGGCCUCGGAGUCCUAUGAAAGAUCUUCUAAAUACAGGUCAUUGCUAAUUAAUGCGUGCAAUACCAAUAUUGAACCAGAGGUCAAGAUUGACGGCGACCACAUCUUGUUACAGGGCAAAGGACUCAGCGAUUUAGAAAACGUAUCCAAAGAAACAGAACAGUUUGUGAUGCAGAUCAGUGAGGUGCAAGACAAGUAUUGUUCUCUGUUGACCAAUAUUGAGAACAGUAUCACCCAGAAGAUUAGUGACAUUCUAAAUGACGCGGAAGCCCAGAUGAACAACAUUGACCAGGAGAGGAGUCAGGUGGUGAUGUCCCUCAUAAAGUCGAGCAACGAUGAGCUAGAGAAGGCUGUGCAAGUCCUCGAGACAAUGGAGAUGAUGAAACAACAAAUGGAAGUCUUUUUUCAAAUUUUGAGGAAACCCAACGCAGUACCUUAA